AUGGUUGCUUUAAAAGUUCUAGCGGUACUUUUUCUGAUUCAAGUUGCUGCGGCUUCCGAAAAAUUUGACGCUCUAUCGAGCUGGUUUCCAUUUUUCGUAUACGUUGCCAACUACAUUGAGGGAACAGCUCAAGUUAGUGUUUGUGGUGGCUCACUUAUUGAAGAAAACUUUGUCGUGACCACUGCCUCUUGUGUACUUCAAAAUUCAAGAAGCCGUUCAGUUCAUUUAAGAGAACCGUGGGGCUGUACUGCUGAUAAUCCGUUUUCAGCAGUCAGUGAUGCGAUUAUUCAUGAAAACUACACAAUAAAUGGAGUCACCAAUCCAAAAUAUGAUAUAGCAAUUCUCAAACUAACAAAUAAAAUGAAACGUGACGAAUGUUCACGUUUUGCUAUUAUACCUAAGUACCAUGACAAUGUUAUUAAAAAAAAAAAAAGUUUCGUGCCCUACCUUGGCAGCAGGAGUCUGUAUUUUUUUGAGACUCACAUUAUUCACAGCGAGAUUUAUAAGAAGAGCUUGAACAGUAAUAAUAAAUAUACCGUACUGUAUGAAUCGCAAUUCCGCAUCGAAAGCACCAAAAGCAUAGAAAAUUUCAAAAUAAGCCGGCCAGGCUUCCCAUUGGUUCAAAAACAUAACGACAAAAUUCUGUUGAUUGGACUCUCUACUGAGGACAAAGAUGUAUUUAUUCUGCUAUCAUUUUUUGCUGAUUGGAUCGAAGGCAAAAUCAAUGAUGUUGCUAUUACGGAAAAUCAGAAGCUCUCCAACGACAGAACAUUCACAAAAAAACUUUCUGGUACCGUAAAACAAUACGUUGGUUUCGGUAAUGAUAAUAAUAGUCACAGAAAAACCUAA